AUGAUAUUCGCCCACCGUUACGGUUUCAUCGCUCUGCUGUUGGCUGGGGUGGCCUCGGCAAGGUCAACCGAGACAAAGGCCAACGCUAUUGAUGAGCAGAGUGGUAGAUCCUCGAAUGGCAUAUUCGGAGAGUUGCGGUAUGUUUAUCAAAUGUACAAGGAUUGCUCGGGUGCUGAGCUGAGCUCAUGCCUCAAGUUGCGACUUUUGACGGCUAUGGAUCGGGUCUCGAGGAGCGCACAGUUGAAUAUUGCGGAGGGCGUCACUGUUGUCAAGGAUGAGAACACUCAGGAGAAGGAGGCAACACCAAAGACACCGCAGGAGAUCGAGGCCAAUUUGCCGAGGUCCCUUGAGGACAAGGAGGAUGCUCUCAAUACUAUGAUAUUCGACAAGUUCCUCAGAUUCUUUCAGAGUCACACGUUGAAACUCAAACUACCGAAUGUCGAGGAGUUGUCUAGGAGUCUCACGGAGGAAGCCCGAGGUAAGAAGAAGAAGGGCAUGGGCGGUCUCCUGGCGAUUCCGCUGCUGAUCGGUGGUACCUUAGUGCCUCUCGCCCUCGGCGCCCUGGCCCUUCUCGCUGGAAAGGCCCUAAUCGUCUCGAAACUCGCCCUGGUUCUCGCCUCCAUCAUUGGCCUCAAGAAACUCGUCUCCAGCCACGACCACGGACACGAGGUCGUCCAAGUCGGUGGACACGGGGGCAGUGGGUGGGCGAGGGCUGGUCAGGAGCUCGCCUACUCAGCUUACAAACCAGUUAAUGCCUCGUAA